GUACCACAAAGCCAAGUACUACAAAUACUACGGAGGCAAGUACUACAAAUACCACACAGCCAAGUACUACAAGUACCACAAAGCCAAGUACUACAAAUACUACGGAGGCAAGUACUACAAAUACCACAAAGCCAAGUAGUAAGUACCACAAAGCCAAGUACUACAAAUACUACGGAGGCAAGUACUACAAGUACCACAAAGUCAAGUACUACAAAUCCCCAAGUAGGCACAAAGACAGACGUAUGCAUCAGCAGUCAACAAGGGGCGGAAUAUACGACCCCCCAGACGUGGAGUUUUGUUGAAAUCACACAGAAAUCUCUGCAUCAAUUUUCAAACGACAUCAUUUUUAUUUACACAAAUUUCCUGUUGUUUUUCUAGUUUCAGUCGUUGAAAAACGGUAGUAUGCUGAUGCCUGGCAAAAAUGGAUUUGGGGCAGUCAAAGUUUUGGUCACAAUGGAACUGCCUAAUAUAUUCAGGAUGACCGGCCUCUCUAGCAGCCACAAUGCUCGCUGUGUAACUCAGGUAUUCAAUAUAUUCUGCAGUGGGCUUUGUGUAGCAGCUGAAAUAGGUGCCUUGGUCUUAUUCUGUGAUCCCUUAAACGUCCUUCUCGUUGCUCUUGUGUCUGUGGUGAUAGUGAUUCAUUUAAUUGAGCUGCUAAUCGAUUGUCUGCCAAUGGAACCGAGUCAUGAACUGAAGGAGAUCCGUGACAAUACUGUCAAACUGUGUUCUGCCAUCCAUCUGUCUUUAACAACUGCUGUCAUCUUUGUUGGUGUUCUGAAGUUACUUGACGACCAUGCAGAGAACAGAGACUUGGAACAGAGGCUUGUGGACUUGAUGAUCGCUUACACAGUGUUGAACGUCCUGAUUGUGAUUAGGAUUUACGUUGACAUUACCCUCAGAAAAAAAAUACUGGCAAGAAGCAAAAAAGUGAGUGCAAAAAAUGGUGAGAAAGGGAGGCAACAAAGAAAAAAGGAGCCCAGAGCGGCUGAAGUGUGUUUUAUGGCUGUCUCAGGGAUCCUCGCCGUUGGAAUCCUGUGCUUCAGUGUAGCUAUCAUUAUUGAGAUAUCAUUAUUGGAGUAGGACUGCACAGUCAAAAAAAUAAAAGAUCUGUCUGAUUUACGGUAAAAUACUGGCAGCUGUGGUUGCCAGAACUUCAGCUUGACAAAUACAGUGAGAAUAUAUCAGACAUUACAGGAUGCUUUGCUGGAUGGUGAAUGGUUUUCUACUGUAAAUUUAAAUGUAGACAUCAGCAAAAUCUGUAAUUUAGACAGAAUAAUCUUAUUUUUAGGGUAAUUGUGUGAAAUAAUAGUAUUUCUUCAUUAAUGAUACAAAAAUCUAAUAUCUUUACUGUUUAACUGUUUAAUACAGUUUCAUGAUUUACGGUAAUUCAAUAUACAGAGAUAUACAAUUUUUGAUUUUACGGUCUAUUUCAAUUUGACAGUGUUUCACUGAAAUUUCUACAACAAAAUAAUAAUUGUGUAGUAUUUUAUUUAUAUAUUUUCUUUUCAUAUGGUUGUUUUUCAUUUUUUUCAUAUUUUCAUGAAUAUAAAAUGAAUUUAAGUGCCAGAUCCUUACUGCAAUUUGCACACUUGCAUGCAUGCACAUGUUAAAAAGGCUUUUUUUUUUUUUCAACUUUUAUAUUACUACUUGUGUAUGACACAAGUUGCACUUUUUUCUGUCUUGACUUGGGCGGUUUGCUCUUGUACUGUUACUGUGACUUACAAAUCCUCAAUUCCCAGGAAAAAAUCCAUCUCUAUUUAGUACAUACUAAAUUGUUUACUAUAGUUUACUAAAUAGCAGCGUUUGUAAAAGUUAUCAAAAUGUAUGUUGAUAAUGUGAAAUUGUGUUUCUCUGGUUGGUGCCUCCUGAGCUGUAAAUACUCUUAAUAAGAAAUAAAGCAACCC